AUGGCUGACUGGGAAGGGACAAUUGAAAACUUAGGCUCAGAGCUUGUCGACUUCAAUGGACCUGAUGACCCAGCCAUCGCCCGCAACUGGCCACCACGGCGUAAAUGGGCGAUCAUCGCUAUCUUGUCCACCAUGUCAUUUGUCACGCCUCUUGCAUCCUCCAUUUUUGCGCCUUCUGUGCCACAAUGUCUUGCAGAAUUUGGUUCGAACAGCACAAUCCUUGGAUCUCUCGUGGUUUCUAUUUACAUUCUCGGAUAUGCCGCAGGACCCUUGGCCAUUGCACCACUCUCUGAGCUUUACGGACGCUCACCAAUGUACCACGCAACCAACAUCGGCUUUAUAAUUUUCACAGUCGCAUGCGCAGUCAGUACGAACCUCACCAUGUUGAUCUGUUUUCGUUUUUUAGAAGGCGUGGCCGGAUCUGCCGUUCUUACUAUCGGGGGUGGCACGGUGGCAGACCUCUUUGUGCAGGAGGAACGUGGCAGAGCGCUCGCUUUCUGGACCCUUGGCCCGAUACUAGGACCUGUUAUUGGGCCAGUUGCCGGCUCAUUUCUCUCGGCAUCCAAGGGCUGGAGAUGGGUGUUCUGGCUCCUUGCUAUUGUGUCCGGAUCGAUCACUGCUUCCUUUCUCAUCCUGCUGCGCGAGACGUCAUCGACUGCAAUUUUGAGGAAGCAAGCCAAGAGAGCGCGAAAGACCACCGGUAAUCCCCAUUUUCGAUCUUGUCUUGACGGAGACCAGGCUACAAGACAAGCGUUCCAUAAAAGCAUUAUUCGACCGAUUAAGCUCCUUGUGGGAUCUCCCAUUGUAGCUUCAAUGUCAACGUUUGCUGCAAUUAUCUACGGUUACCUAUACCUGCUUUUUACCUCCUUCACACCCGUGUUUGAGCAGUCCUACGGGUUUUCCCCAGAUGUGGUAGGGCUUUGCUAUCUGGGCACCGGGUUUGGCAUGAUCGUGAGUCUCUUCGGAUUUGGCGUGAUCUCUGACCGGAUGAUCAAGAUGAAAUCUAUCAAGAAUAAAGGGGAGAUGAAGCCAGAGUACCGGUUGCCGCCGAUGAUCCUUGGGGGGAUAUUCGUCCCUAUAGGUCUACUACUUUACGGCUGGUCGGCCGAGAAGCAAGUGUUUUGGUUUGUCCCGAUCUUAGGAACUGCGUUCUUUGGUUUUGGUUUCAUGGCGUCUUUCAUGCCGAUACAAGCCUAUCUUGUGGACGUUUUCACCGUUCAUGCUGCCUCCGCUCUCGCUGCUGCCACAGUGUGGCGCUCCAUUGUUGGAGCAUUGCUACCACUUGCAGGCCUCCCGAUGUACAAUGCUCUGGGUCUUGGAUGGGGAAACACUUUACUUGGGUUGUUGGGUGUUGCAAUGAUACCGGUUCCCUUUUUGCUCAUAACAUACGGAGAGCAAUUGAGGAGCAACCCACGAUAUCGAGUUGAUUCAUGGUAA